GGACUUCCGCCCCACGCAUUCUGUGAGAAGGAAGCUGAGAAGGCACCAUUUCUUGUGAAAUUACAGACCCACCCAAGCAAAGCUAGCAGAAUCCGAGUUAUGCCUUCUGUCGUUUGUCACGUCGUCUCUGGUCGCCUACCCCGGUCUUCCAUCGGAAUGCAAACAUUUGGGAUAAAGCCCUGACAAGUCAAGGCCCUGCUCUACGCCAACGCGAAACGUUCCCCGACCGCUCUCUUCCGGGAGGAGGUGUCAGCCGCCAGGAAGUGUUCUGGCGUGGGUUCCCCUUUCUGGUGCGCUCUCAGGCCAGUUCCCCGGGAAACGUGGGCUUUCGUCUGGUUUUCCGCUCCUGAGUGGCAGCUGGCUCCCUGGGUUCCGGGAGGUGGCGUCACCUGACUUGUAGAAGAGCUGGAGUAGAAGGCCGACCCCGGACGCGCCUGCCCCAUGGGAGUCCAGGGGCUCUGGAAGCUGCUGGAGUGCUCGGGGCGGCAGGUCAGCCCCGAGGCCCUGGAGGGGAAAGUCCUCGCUGUGGAUAUCAGCAUUUGGCUCAACCAGGCGCUUAAAGGAGCCCGGGAUCGCCAUGGGAACGCCAUAGAGAAUGCCCAUCUUCUCACUUUGUUUCAUCGGCUCUGCAAACUCUUAUUUUUUCGAAUUCGCCCUAUUUUUGUGUUCGAUGGGGAUGCUCCACUGUUGAAGAAGCAGACUUUGGCAAAAAGAAGGCAGAGGAAGGAUUUGGCCACCAGUGACUCCAGAAAAACUACAGAGAAGCUUCUGAAAACAUUUUUGAAAAGACAGGCUAUCAAAACCGCCUUCCGCAGCAAAAGAAAUGAAGCAUUACCCAGUCUUACACAAGUUCGAAGAGAGGAUGACAUCUACGUUUUGCCACCUUUACAAGAGGAAGAAAAACAUAGUUCAGAAGAAGAAGAUGAAAAAGAGUGGCAAGAAAGAAUGGAUCAGAAACAAGCAUUACAGGAAGAGUUCUUCCAUAAUCCUCACUCAAUAGAUAUUGAGUCUGAGGACUUCACCAGCCUACCCCCGGAAGUAAAGCAUGAAAUCUUGACAGAUAUGAAAGAAUUUACCAAGCGGAGAAGAACAUUGUUUGAAGCAAUGCCAGAGGAGUCCAAUGACUUUUCCCAGUACCAACUCAAAGGCUUGCUUAAAAAAAACUAUCUAAACCAGCACAUAGAAAAUGUCCAGAAAGAAAUGAAUCAACAGCACUCAGGACAGAUCCAGAAGCAGUAUGAAGAAGAAGGGGGUUUUCUGAAGGAGGUAGAAUCGAGGAGAGUGGUCUCUGAGGACACUUCACACUACAUCUUGAUAAAAGGUGUUCAAGCUAAGAAAGUGGAAGAUGUGGGUUUGGAGUCUCUUCCUUCUUCCAGCAAAAUGGACAACAUUUCUUUUGACAUGAAGUCAUCUCCCUGUGAAAACCCAAAGCCAAAGAAAGAACCUGAUGCCACCCCUCCUUCUCCAAGAACACUGCUAGCUCUGCAAGCAGCCAUGCUGGGCAGUAGCUCCGAAGAGGAGCCUGAGAGUGGAGCCCCAAAGCAGCACAGCAAGAGGGGUGCUGCUCCAGACCAAGGCUCUGUAUCACCACGGACCCUCUUGGCCAUUCAGAGAGCUCUUGAUGAUGAUGAAAAUGUGGGAGUGAGUGCCGGGGACAGCAUGCAGGCAGGAGGGCCAGGAGUGAGGACGCUGCUUAGAGACAGCCCCGGCAAAGAGCAUGCUGAAGGGCCUAAAGUGAGAGAAGGGGGAGCAGGGCUGCUCACCUCGGGCCCCCCUCCAGCCAACGUGCACUUCCUGGAGGAGCCCGGGGCCAGCCCUGGCAGUGGAGAGGAGCUGACAGACUCGGCUCAUUUGUUGAGCACUGUGGUUAGUCAAGACAGUAAGUCUGACGUUCCAGAAGAACACAUGCCACUCACUCACACGGAGAAGGGAGUCUCUCAGAUGAAUAGUGAGUCCACAGAUAAGGCUAGGAAGGGUCCCCUUCCACACAGUGACAGGCCUGGGCUCCCCCUGGGACAGGAACUGACACAGACACCUCCCACAAGCACAGCUUCUGAACCCAGGAGCGAAGCACAUGCUGAGGAGCUCGAGCUGCGGGCAGGUCCUGGCCCUUCCCAGAGUGGAUAUGAUUCUGCUUUGUCAAGCGAUGAUGAAAGAGAAGCUGGAGCAAAGCCCUCUGAGGUCGCUGGCAUCAGCACUUUACAAGAAAGGAGGGACAUAGUAAGUGUCCCUUCAGAGGCAGUAGGUAACCUAGAAAAUGCCGUGCCCGUAAAUGCUGCAGAGCGUGAGGAUUUCCCAGAAACCUCCCAGGAAUUCGAGAUAACUACACCCGCGGGCCAGGAGCUAGUGUCAGUCUUGAAUUCCUUGGAACCAGUGGAGAUGGAGUCUGAAGAAAGUGAAUCUGAUGGAAGCUUCAUUGAAGUGCAGAAUGUGACAAGUGAUGAUGAACUUGAAGCUUCUGAACCUCCCUCUGAACAAAGUGAAGAGGAGCCAAGAGGAACUGAGGAGGAAGAAGCCCCUGGUGGCACCCAGAGCCUCCUACAGGACAACUCGGAAGGCGAGGACUCUGAUACUGACCCACGCAAAGAAGCUGAAAAGCAAGCAGAGGACUCCCUGGAUGAAUGGCAAGAUAUCAACUUGGAGGAGCUGGAAACCCUGGAGAGCAACCUCUUAGCACAACAGAAUUCACUCAAAGCUCAGAAGCAGCAGCAAGAGCGGAUAGCUGCCACUGUGACGGGACAGAUGUUCCUGGAAAGCCAGGAGCUCCUGCGCCUGUUUGGCAUUCCCUACAUCGAGGCUCCCAUGGAGGCGGAGGCGCAGUGUGCCAUCUUGGACCUCACCGACCAGACUUCUGGAACCAUCACCGAUGAUAGUGACAUCUGGCUGUUUGGAGCACGGCAUGUCUAUAAGAACUUUUUCAAUAAAAACAAAUAUGUAGAAUACUACCAAUAUGUGGACUUUCACAACCAAUUAGGAUUAGACCGGAACAAAUUAAUAAACUUGGCCUAUUUGCUUGGAAGUGAUUACACUGAAGGAAUACCGACUGUAGGCUGUGUGACAGCCAUGGAGAUUCUCAAUGAAUUCCCUGGACGUGGCCUGGAACCUCUCCUAAAAUUCUCAGAGUGGUGGCAUGAAGCUCAAAAAAAUAAGAAGAUAAGACCCAAUCCUUAUGACACCAAAGUGAAGAAAAAACUACGGAAAUUGCAACUCACACCUGGUUUCCCUAACCCAGCGGUUGCGGAUGCCUACCUCAGACCUGUGGUGGAUGACUCAAAGGGCUCCUUUCUGUGGGGGAAACCGGAUCUUGACAAAAUUAGAGAAUUUUGUCAGCGGUAUUUUGGAUGGAACAGGACUAAAACGGACGAAUCUCUAUUUCCGGUAUUAAAGCAACUGGAUGUCCAGCAGACCCAGCUCCGGAUCGACUCUUUCUUCAGGCUGGCUCAGCAGGAGAAGCAGGAUGCCAAACGCAUGAAGAGCCAGCGGCUGCACCGGGCCGUCACGUGCAUGCUGAGGAAGGAAAGGGAAGCGGCGGCCAGCCCGGUGGAGGGCGAGGGCGAGGUGCGGGGCCAGGCCCAGGGCGGCGCCCCGAAGAGGAGCCUCCCCGAGGAACCGCCGGAGGCCUCGAGCCUCAAGAGGAGGCUGUCGGAGUCUGGAGGCCCCGCGGGAUGCGGGGGGUUUCUGGGGGUGAGCGGCCUCUCGGAGUCCGGCGCCUCGUCGGGUGAGGACGCCGGGGGUUCUCCGCCGAGCAGCGUGCGCCGGAGAGGAGCUGGGGGAGAGCGGCCAAGGGACCCCCGCGCCCCGGUGCCGGAGGCCGCGGUGAGCUCCAGCAGCUCCAGCGAGGACGAGGGGCACCGCGGCCGCAGCGCCAGGGCCGCCCUGGUGACGGCCAGGCCCGUGUUUGGGAGGAGAAAAGGGAAGCCGAGACGUGGCAGGGCAAGAGCCAGGAAAACCUGAUUCAGAGUCCGCCUUCUCUGGCUGCGAGGGACACGAUGAAAUUAAAAGUGUCGGCACAGUCUUGUCUCCAGUGUGUGGUUUGUAAAGAUUGUCCGGGUCCCGUUUGUCCCCUGCCCUCUGACUUUCUCUCUUCCUGAUUCCGUGUCUUACACUGUCUGGUGCUCUCUGACCUCAGAAGGAAAAAGAGAACCAAGGGUCCACACGACCAGCGCCCCUCUCAGAACGCCCCCUCUGGCUCAUACCCAGGUGAGAAGAAAGACACCUGUACAGUCUAGGAAUAAACAGUGGCAGCUCCAGGAAGGAAAUCGAUUCCUGCUCCCACUGCUUGCUGUUCUCCCUCAAGCUCUUCUUAAAAUGAUGGCAGGAGGGACCCUCCCUGCUGGAGCAUAUUUGAAGAACAUGAUUGCUGUGGUUUUAGCAAUUAAUUACCAAACCUGACUGAGGCCUUCGUUCUUCCUUUUUCAAGAAAUGAUCAAGAAAACAUCAAUAUAUAGCCAUCCAUUGAUUGAUCACUUGAUGGAGCCAGAAGUUCAAGAAGAGGCCAGAGAAGACCAUGACGACAAGCAGGUGGUCUCAGAGAUCAUGGCGAGAUGUUUUAUCCCAACUCUGGUAACAAGCAUUUCCUGGGAAGCCUUUCGUUUUGUUGGUCAUGAGAUUCGGAUUACUGAAGCGAUGGACUGUUACGGUGCUGUUGUUUGGCCCUCGGUAUAAUUUCACACAAAAUUUGCUACAUUCAAUUGUUUUCCAGUCAGUUUGGUUCACUGAUGUGUUUUACAUGGAAGAAGGAAACAGGUUGUAUAAUGCUACUAUGUGACCUCACACAGCACUAAAACUUAGAACUAUCAUGCAAUUGGGAAGUCAUUUCCACUAAUUAAUUCUAUUUCUAACUUUAUCAAAAUUUGUGAGACACAUAAAAACAUUGUUUACUCCUUCAGUUUUUUAUGACUGUAGAGUUUAGAAGAGUUAAUGUUUUUAUUUCCCAUUUUACUGGCUCCAUUUGGGUUAAACAAUUAUAGUGACAUCUGUAUGAGUCUAACAUGCAGAAUAUUCUCAAAGGGCACCCACUCCUUCAACGACUGAGCAUGAAGGACACAGACCCUCCACUGCAGCCUGCCCUGCCCACAUUCUAAAAAUAACUGGUAUUAUUACUAGUUACUUCCUUGAAACGUGACCCAACUUAAGCAACUAAACUCUGUACUUUUAGUUAUUUCUCUUUCCUCCCAAUAAUCCCCAAAGACUAUUUUUAGACAAAAUGUUAAACAUAUUGGGGAUGUAAUUCUGUGAUGAUUUCCUGGAAUGAGGCCUAUGAACAGCCACAGAUGCUCUCCUACUCACAUGGGGAUACUCACCUGUAACAUCAGUGACACAUUUACGUACUGGAGUUUCAUCUUGCUCUUUGUUACUACUUGCCAAGCACCAACUUUUUAAUUUGAUUUUUGUAGGCACUUGUUUUAUGCUAUUUCCUGGAAACAAAUGCAAAGCAGUAUAAUAUGGUUGAUAAAAACGUGAUUGAAAUUGGAGCUGGAACAGGGUUGGUCUCCAUUGUGGCAAGUUUACUGGGUAAGUAGGUAUUUUUGAUUGAAUGUGGGAAUGAAAAUUUAAUGAUCCAAAAUAAGUAGUCCUUACUCUCCAGUGUGCUAUAUGACCUGAGUCUCUUUGUAACCUUAAUUGUUUAAAUGGACUUCAUCAAUAAACUGUACCAAUCCUUA